CGUCAAAGAGGCGCAGAUGCAGAGCGAGGGUGACAACUUGUUUCGUCUGGCCUCGUCGAACACGAAAAAUUCUUUCGGAAAGAACACUAGCCACAGCACUUUCGGUCGUACUACGGGGCUGGAUUUGAAAUUCAGCAGCAAUGAUCGAACAGGAACAGGCGAUCACUGUGGUUUUGCUGGAAACAAGGACGACAGCAACCUGAACCACAACGAGUCCUCCGAUUACCCGGCGGACGUUCGGAUUGGCUACGACAUACUGGGCGAGAUGACCACUGGCACUAGUGUGUUUCAGCCACCCAAUAUCCACAGAAUUUUUACCGCCACCGCCAAAAGUAGCACUUUUUCAUGGAAAAAAAAAACAAAAAUUUAAAAAAAUUCCCAACUCAUUCCAUGCUGAUCAUGUGGUAAAUCAUGUAUCUAUGCUAUGAGAGUAGCUAGAGUGAUGCCCUAGUGGAGCGCAGUAAAAGAUAUUUAACUAGCUAGGCCCAUUCGUCAGGAGGUUCGUCAAAAGCCGCAAACUCGGUGGACAGGAGCUGGUUGGCGGUGAAGACGCCAGCCAUGAGCUUGAGAAAAUGCCGCAUGGCGGUAAAAUUUCUGGGGCCGUAGCGCCGUGUUAUUUUUACCGCCACACUCAGUUUUCGACUUUUUCAAGAAAGCUGAGACUUUUCUGAAAUGAUCUCAGAACUUUCUCAAGUCUGCUUUUUUCCACGAAGUCAUGUUUUUUUCUGGCGGUGAAAAUAAUCACGGUGGUAUGGCCUCAAAAUUUUUACCGCCAUGAGGCAAUUUCUAAAAGAAAGUGACGACUUUUUGACUUUUCAAAUCCACCAUAGCAUCGGUAGAACUUUUACCGCCACGAUUUUAAUGGAAAAUCAAUGAAAAAGUGGCGGUAAAGAUUCCACCGGUGCUAUGCUGAGAUUUUUGAGUCAAAAACGAGCAUUUUCUAAAAGAAAAAGCGUCGCGGCGGUAAAAAUUUUGAGGCCCUAGCACCGUGAUUACUUUUACCGCCAGAAAAAAGCAUUACUCUCCCACAUUUUUUGAUUUUUUCUGAAAUUUUUUGCGAUUUGUCCUGUCGCAAAAGAUGACAAACAACAACUUUGUGCCAGCUGAGCUAGUGCUAGACCAUCAAGUGAAGAUGACCAACUCCGAACCCAUAAAAGCCAGGCCCUUCGCUUUCCUCCCAUGUCGCCACGCGGUGGUCUACAGCGGCGAACAGGUGCUGUGGGCCUCGGGCGUCGCCUUCUUCACCCGGAUCGCUGUUUGGGCCUAGCUAGUUUAUCCUCAUUUACCUAAUGCGCUUCCACUGGACAUCACUAGCUACCUCGAGCUACUAGAUUACGUCAGACAAAUCUUGCUACGUAGCGCCUGAAAUUUUUUGAUUUUUUUUUCAAAAAAAGCGAUGCUUUUUUGCUAUUUUUGGCGGUGGCGGUAAAAAUUCUGUGGAUACCCAACAUGGUGUACGAGACCGACACUAGUCUACCAACAAGAGUGUUGCGGAGGUCAUUUGCGCAACCAACGGGACGGCCGCAGGGACAAGAAACAAGAAGUGUUCGUGCGAGAAGGGCGGCUUCACGAACAAAAAGUACAGGGAGAAGUAGGAAAAAAAGGGAACAACGGAGCUGCAACACUGCACAUAUAUCUGGC